GCCCACUUGUCACCUGCGUGCAGAACGGGCCGUGUGCACCAGGGGGUCUGGUCAUGGUGCGUCCGAUGCCUGGGCCCUCCCCGUGGCACCGCGCCUUCACGACGGGCCCGACAGCACCUGCAACGCUGCAAAAGCGGCAGCAGCCAGCAGAUGGCCGAACGGCCUGGGUACGGGACGGCAAGUUGCCGCGCGGGCGGUGGCGUCCUCGUCCCGUCAUCGUCAGGCGUCACUGCGUCAGUCACAUGGUUCCAUCACCAAAAUUCAUCGCCAAAGCGAAGCCAUGGCCCAAGGCGAGCAGCGCACGCGCGCGGUGGAUCGCCUCCCCAUCCCACGCCCACCAGGGCACCAGGCACCAACCCACGCACCCACCCGCGCGGACUCCCCCCUGCCCAGCGCCGCAGCGCCCCGCGCCCCUCGACCCCCCGCCCCCCUCCACUCUAGCUCUAGCCCGAAUGGCGGCGGAGGCCCAGGCCGAGAGCCCCGGGCCGGUGCCGCCUCCUCCCCCGGCGCGCGGGAGCUCCUCGGCUUCUCCCGAGAAGCGCGCGCUCCUUGUCCCGGGGGCCGACGACAUCGGCGGGGGCGGAGAGGAGGAGGAGGAAGAGCGGCGGCGGCUGCCGGACCCGAAGCGGCGGCGCGCGUGCGUCGCCGCGCUCGACAGCGUUCCCACGGCGGCGGCCGCGGAGGCGGAGGGAGCGGGCGUGCCCGGCUCGGGCGGCGACGCGGACGGCGGCGCGUCCUUCUCGUUCCAGCACGCCCGGGGCGGGUUCGUGGCGCUGGAGACCACGCCCAAGUUCGGCUCCUUCAACCCGCCGGGGGAAGACGCCGAGCUGGCGAACCUCGAUCUGAAGCCUGCGGAGGGCGGCGCCGGCGGGGAGGGUUCGCGGGAGGCUGACGGUGGAGCCCCCUCGGCGUCGGCUCGUGGGGCGGAGGGCAACGACGACAGCGCUCAGGUAGUUGGCGGCGGCGAAGUGGAUGGCCAAAACCAGACAUGAGCGGACGAGCGGUGGCUUGGUUUUGGACAUAGAAGUUGCUUCACUGUAGGCGGCCGAACAUAGAUUGCUUUGUUCGCCAGUGUGUUCCUACUUGGUUGCUCCUAGAUGAUUUCUAUGCAUGACCACUAUUUCUGUAAUGGAAAAAUAGGUAAAUUCUUCCUCGAACUUUUUGUUCGAGGGUCAA